AUGGCGGCCGCAGCUGUGUCAACCCCGCCCAGACAGCCCGAUAUUGCAUAUGCUCCUAACUACGACAAAUACCUCGCACGGGUGCAACGUCGUCUUGCAAAUGAAACGAUAUCCAAGUCAUUGCCUGAUGGAUUUCCCAAAGAGUUGAAGUCCGAUCUUGUCUGGACAAAUGAAAAUAUUAGUCAGCGAUUUGAUUGGAAUUUCCAAUUGACCGCUGCUGAUAUUGAAGAGUUGGAGAACGCCUUGCAGCACUUUAAGCAACUGAACAAACCAAAUGGCUUCAUAAACCAGGACACUUUUCCUCUCCCAACUCUGCACGCUAGGCUUCGCGAGGUUUCGAAUGAGGUGCACAAUGGGUUCGGCUUCAAGGUCAUACGCGGUGUCCCUGUCGAUCGCCACACUCGGGAGGAAAACGUUAUCAUCUAUGCCGGCCUCGCCUCACAUGUUGGCCCGAUUCGAGGCCGUCAGGAUCAUACCUUCGACGGGAAGCCAGCAGAUGUUGUCAUGAACCACAUCAAAGAUUUACGCACCGUCUACGAUGCAAACCAAAUAGGGGCUCCGGCUUACACCAAUGACAAGCAAGUAUUCCAUACCGAUGCCGGCGAUAUCAUCGCCUUGUUCUGCCUGGAAGAAGCCGCCGAGGGGGGACAGAGUAAGCUCAGUAGUAGUUGGAAUGUGUACAACGAGAUUGCACGUACACGACCGGACUUGAUCCGAACACUGGCGGAGCCAUGGCCAGCUGAGCUCUUCGAUGGCAAAGGCGAACCCUACGUGAGCAGGCCCUUGUUAUACUACCAACCAGAGACCGAGACAAGUGCUGAACGUCUGAUCAUCCAAUACGCACGUCGCAACUUCACAGGCUUCCAGGCGCUCCCAAGGUCGCCUGACAUCCCGCCAAUCACUGAGGCGCAGGCUGAAGCACUCGACACGCUACAUUUCCUCGCAGAGAAACAUGCAGUAGGACUUGACUUUAAGAAAGGCGACAUCCAGUUUGCAAACAAUCUUUCCAUCUUCCACGCCCGUGAUGGUUUCACCAACACAGCAGACAAGCAGAGGCAUCUCGUGAGAUUAUGGCUGAGAGAUGAAGAAUUCGCCUGGGAAACUCCAGCGCAAAUUCAGAAUAGAUGGGACGGCGUGUACAAAGAUGUGGCCGAAGAGAACAGCAUAUUUCCUUUGGAACCGUAUAUUCGAAGCAGCUCCAAGGGAGGCAAGACGAAUCAACUGAAGGAGGAUGGAACGAGAUCCUGA